AUGGCACAACCACUGCCCCGAUUCUCACAUCGCUUCUUCCAAACCUCAUCACCUCUGCACCAUCUCCCUCGAACCUGCACUCGUACUCGUCCUUUCCGUCCUCAAUUCCACGCACACCCUAAAUCAAAUAGAGGGUAUUCGACAGGAGGUCCUAGUAAGAGUCCGUUGAAGAUCUGGCCUUUUGUUGCUAUUACUUUGGUGGGAAGUGGUGCUUAUGCUUUGAUGGUUAGGAGUAGAGCUGGUACUGACAUGACACCACCAAUCCCCGAACUUCCCUCCCCCAAAAAACCCAUCCCAACCUUCUCCCCCGAAAAAGUAACCAUCCUCUUCGUUCUCGGCGGCCCCGGAGCAGGAAAAGGCACACAAUGCGCCAAUCUCGUACGCGACUACAACUUCACGCAUCUCUCCGCCGGUGAUCUCCUCCGAGCCGAGCAAGAACGUUCAGGUUCCGAAUUCGGCGAAAUGAUAAAAGAUUACAUUAAAAACGGACUCAUAGUCCCCAUGGAAGUAACCGUCCAACUCCUCGAAAACGCCAUGACGGAUGUAAUAUCCAAAUCACCUAAUGGAAGAGGUAAAUUUUUAAUCGAUGGAUUUCCGCGAAAAUUAGACCAGGCGCAUAAAUUUGAGGAUACGGUGUGUAAAGGCAGAUAUGUAUUGUUCUAUGAUUGUCCAGAAGAGGAAAUGCAAAGGAGGUUACUGGAACGAGGCAAGACGAGUGGAAGGACAGAUGAUAAUGCUGAGAGUAUCCAGAAGCGGUUUAAGGUUUUUGUAGAGACGAGUAUGCCUGUUGUGGAUUAUUUUGAUAGACAAGGUCGCGUUAUUAAGAUUGAUGCUACGAAGACUCCUGAGGGGGUUUAUGAGGAGACGAGGAGGAAGUUGGAGGAGAAAUUGGGGAAGACGUUUUAG